AUGCAAAUUUUUGUGAAGACACUCACGGGCAAGACCAUCACACUGGAGGUCGAGGGCUCUGACACCAUCGAGAACCAACUCGAGGAUGGCCGUACCCUUUCCGACUACAACAUUCAAAAGGAGUCAACUCUCCAUCUCGUCCUCCGUCUCCGUGGAGGUAUGCAGAUCUUCGUCAAGACUCUGACCGGCAAGACCAUCACUCUGGAGGUUGAGGGUUCCGACACCAUCGAGAACGUUAAGACCAAGAUCCAAGACAAGGAGGGAAUCCCACCCGACCAGCAGCGUCUCAUUUUCGCUGGAAAGCAGUUGGAGGACGGCCGUACCCUCUCUGACUACAACAUCCAGAAGGAGUCAACUCUCCACUUGGUGCUCCGUCUGCGUGGAGGUAUGCAGAUUUUCGUCAAGACCUUGACUGGCAAGACCAUUACUCUUGAGGUCGAGGGUUCUGACACCAUCGAGAACGUCAAGACCAAGAUUCAAGACAAGGAGGGUAUCCCACCUGACCAACAGCGUCUGAUCUUUGCCGGCAAGCAGUUGGAGGACGGCCGUACCCUUUCCGACUACAACAUCCAGAAGGAGUCAACUCUCCAUCUCGUCCUCCGUCUCCGUGGAGGUAUGCAGAUCUUUGUCAAGACCUUGACUGGCAAGACCAUCACCUUGGAGGUCGAGGGCUCUGACACCAUCGAGAACCAGCGUCUCAUCUUUGCCGGCAAGCAGUUGGAGGAUGGUCGCACCCUCUCCGACUACAACAUCCAAAAGGAGUCCACACUCCACUUGGUGUUGAGACUCCGUGGAGGUAUGCAGAUCUUCGUCAAGACUCUGACCGGCAAGACCAUUACUCUUGAGGUCGAGGGCUCUGACACCAUUGAGAACGUCAAGACCAAGAUCCAAGACAAGGAGGGUAUCCCACCCGACCAACAGCGUCUGAUCUUUGCCGGCAAGCAGCUCGAGGAUGGCCGCACUCUCUCUGACUACAACAUCCAGAAGGAGUCCACCCUUCACUUGGUGCUCCGUCUGCGUGGAGGUAUGCAGAUUUUCGUCAAGACCUUGACUGGCAAGACCAUCACCCUUGAGGUUGAGGGCUCUGACACCAUCGAGAAUGUCAAGACCAAGAUCCAAGACAAGGAGGGAAUCCCACCCGACCAGCAGCGUCUCAUUUUCGCUGGAAAGCAGUUGGAGGACGGCCGUACCCUCUCUGACUACAACAUCCAGAAGGAGUCAACUCUCCACUUGGUGCUCCGUCUCCGUGGUGGCCAGUAA